UUUUCAGGAUCUCCGAGUGCGGCGAGCAGCAAUCGCGUACUUACCCUGAUUCGUUCGGAGCUUGGUAAUGCUAAAGCGUUUCCAACAAUCUACGCGAAACUGUUUUUCUUCUACAUAGAGAUGAAUACCAUAGAAGGUCGUGCUGAGGAUGCUAUAGAGGCAUGUCAGGUAGCCAUACAGCAAUGUUCAGAUGACCCUGUUGUCAACCUCUACUUCCGUUUGACCAAAAAUAUGGUCUCUGCGAGAGUCUCGGGCUCGGUUUGCGAUGAAACGGAAGCACAGGUUAUUGGCCAGUUGAUAAACAGAUUGGAUCAGACGGCCCCGGCUACCGCGAACCUCAAACUCUUUUACAUUUGUACUCUGUUGGCCUACAUGCUUGCUGAUGGAAAGGGGCUGCCAAAGCUUUGUUUACGCGAAACUGAUUUCCGAGCGGUGUUAUACGCUAAGUAA